AUGACAAGCGCUGGCAUGGCAACAAUGAUGGGUGGUGCCCAGAUCGGCUUUGGGACAACAACCAUGGGGAUCGCUAGGUAUCCUAAAGCAAGGGCUAGGAGUAGAGACUAUCUCAGACACUCUAAUCUCACUCACAGGAGUUUGCAGGAGAUCAACUAUCUCACCUCCAACCCCGUCCUCAAUCCACUCUCACAACAAUCUGCAUUAAUCCCCGGGAUCAAAUGGCCGCAUAAGAUCUUGAUCAAAACUAAAGCCGCUCAACAAGGCGGACCAAACCAUCCCAACUAA